ACACCCUUUGCAAUCCACGCCGUCACUGACGUCCACGCGCUUUCUGGCUCCACUCUUUAAAAAGUCGCGAGCGCCGAACCGGCAAGCCGGCACAAGGGGUUGCGUGCGCGUGUGCGUGUGCGCGUGCGUGCGCGUGUGUGCGUGUGUGCGCGUGUGUGCGCGUGCGUGUGUGCGCGUGCGUGAGCGGCCAACGCAAGCGAGCAGCACCUCCACCCACCCGCGGAUCCAUCGAUAGCCGAGGCUGCGGUAGGAUGGCUCGAGCGUCAAUUCCACAGUGGUGAUGAGAGUUGUGUAGCGGUAGGGAAACGGGGGGUGGGGGAGGGAGGGAGGGUGCUGCGGGGUUGAGAGGGGGCUGGGGGAUAUACUAAUAAUAAGAAUACAGAAAUAAAACCCACAGAAGCAAAAGUACUCCGAUGGUGCCUUGAAGCAGUGGCGGCACGGCGUUCCUCUGAAGAGAAGGUGUGAGCAGUUGAGACACGUGCCGAAGAGGCUGAAGCCUCUCGCACAAUGGCCACGCCUCGCCGCAGCUGUGGGCCCAGGUCCUGCCCGACGCUUCACGCCUCGUUGCUGCUCCCCGUCCUCCUGCUGCUGCUGGGUGGAGGAAGCUCCCUCAAGCCGCCCAUCCCUCGAAUCAAACUCUCCUACAAAGAGCUGCAGGCGACCAACAGCUCGCUGGUGCUGGCCCUGGCGAUGGAAAGCUCCGAGUUCCGCGAGAUGGUUGUGGACGAGGACCGGGGGCGGCUGAUUGUGGGUGCGCGGGACCACCUCUACAUGCUCCAGCUGGACAACCUCAACCGCGCGCCUAAGAAGAUUUAUUGGCCACCUUCAAGAGACAAGUCUGAGAUGUGUCGCCACGCUGGCAAGAACCCCUUUACGGAGUGUGCAAACUUCGUACGCGUCCUGCAGCCGUACAACCGCACGCACCUGUACGUGUGCGGCACCGGGGCGUACAAUCCCAUCUGCGCCUACGUCAACCUCGGGCAGAAGGUGGAGGAUCCCGUGUUCCGACUGGAGCCGCACAGCCUGGAGCCUGGUCUGGGGAAGUGUCCCUUUGACCCCCUCCAGCCCUCAGCGUCCAUCAUGGCCGACGAGAAGCUCUUCUCUGCGGCCGCGUGGGACUUCAUGGGGAAGGACGUCGCCUUCGCCAGAUUUCUCAGCCAGUGGCCGGACCGCUCGGCCAUCCGCACGGAGCAGCACGAGAAACUUUGGCUCAACGAGCCCAAGUUCGUGGGAGCGUUCGCCAUCCCCGAGACGAGCAGCCCCGACGACGACAAGGUGUACUUCUUCUUCCGCGAGGUCGCCGUGGAGACGGGGGGCAAGGACAAGGCGAUCUACACGCGCGUGGCUCGCGUGUGCAAGAACGACGUGGGUGGGCAGCGAAGCCUCGUCAACAAGUGGACCACGUUCCUCAAGGCCCGGAUCGUGUGCUCCGUGCCGGGGCUGAACGGCAUAGACACGCACUUCGACGAGCUGCAAGACGUAUUCCUGCUUCAAACGAAGGAUGAGAAAUCCCCCAUUCUGUACGGAGUCUUUACCACGUCCAGCUCUGUUUUCCGCGGAUCAGCAGUGUGCGAAUACACCAUGCCUGACAUCCGCGCCGUAUUCAACGGGCCCUUCUCUCAUCGGGAGGGCGCAGACCACCAGUGGCUUAAAUACCAGGGCAAGAUUCCUUACCCGAGGCCCGGCAUGUGCCCGAGCCGCACGUACGAGCCGCAGCUGCGUUCGACGCGCGACUUCCCCGACGAGAUGCUGGCGUUCGCCCGCUCCCACCCGCUCCUGCACGACGCCGUGCGGCCCUCGCGUGGCCGCCCGGCCUUCACACUCGCCGGCGCCGCCCGCGUCACCGCCAUCGCCGUGGACCGCGUGGAGGCCGACGACGGCCCCUACAGCGUCUUCUUCCUCGGCACGGAUGCUGGCACGGUGCUGAAGGCGAUCAGCAUCAGUAAGAGCAGCUGGGAGGCGGAGGAGGUCAUCCUGGAAGAGCUGCGAGUCUUCAAGGAGCCAACUCCGAUCUUGUCUCUGAAAAUAUCGCCUAAGCGGCAGCAGCUGUACGUGGGUUCCCGCACCGGCGUGGCGCAGCUGUCCCUGCACCGCUGCUCCAGCUACGGGCGCGCUUGCUCCGAGUGCUGCCUGGCACGCGACCCCUACUGCGCGUGGGACGGCAGCGCCUGCACGCGAUACUUCCCCACCGCUAAGCGGCGGGCACGCAGGCAGGACGUGCGUCACGGUAACCCCGCCACACACUGCUGGGAUCUCAACGAGGGAGAACACGUGGAGGAAAAAGUGGUGUUUGGGGUAGAGAGCAACGCCACGUUCCUGGAGUGCCGGCCAAAAUCCCGGCAAGCGUCCACCACUUGGCUCGUCCAGCACCCGCGUGAAGAGGUGUGGGAAGAGGUUAAGUCCGACGACCGCGUCGCCAAGACGGAGCACGGCCUGCUCAUCCGCCGCCUGCACCGCCGCGACGCCGGCAAAUACUACUGCCGCGCUCGCGAGAAGUCCUUCUCGCAGACGGUGACGCGCGUCGCCCUGCGCGUCCUGCCCGGCGACCUCUCGGACUCCCCCGACGAGCUCGGGGGUCGGGUCAAAGGUCGGCGCGACGGCCCGCCGCCGCCGCCGCAGCGCAAGCCGCCAUUGCGCGCGCGGUACAAGGACGUGAUGAGGCUCCUGGGGGCGCCGUCCUCGCUGGGCCCCGACGGCUACUGCGAGCAGCUGUGGCGCAAGCGGUCUGUCAAGGGGAGGCCCGUCGGGGCGGCGGUGGGGGGCGGCGGAGGAGGAGGGCCGACGGGGGUGACCGGCGACGUCUUCGAUGGAGACAGCGCCGGCAAGACGAAGCAGAGAGAGAUCAAGAGCAGGAAUCGCCGCGACAGGCACAGGUCUGCCGCGGUGACCGGGGCUACCGGACAGCGUUAGGUGUGGCGGCGGUGGUGGUGGAGGCCUGGGUCGGUUAGCGCUCCAAAAUAAAUUAUUUGAAGAGAAAAUACGUCACUGAUGAAUGCGGCUGAAUUCCUUUGAUGCUGAAAAUAAGGGGGGGGGGGACGUAAGAUUAAAUUUGCAGAUGUUCUUGCGGGGAGGGGGGGGCUUAUAGGCUUUUACUGGCUCUAUUGUAUAACAUUUAAUGUGAUGAUAUUCGUAAUUAGUCUGUUUUUAUGAAGUAGUGUUUUCUCCCUCGUAGACAGGUAAACAAAAUACUAUUGAUAAAUAUCUCGAUACAGCAUGCCUUAGUAAAUUUAAUUGGAGAAUAAAUAACAUAAGAGAUCAAUUAAAAUGGACACUUUUGGGCAAUAUAUUUGAAAAGGAAUGUUUUUUUCUUAUCAAACCCAUCUUUCACGUGUCAGCUCUCAAUAUGUGCUUUCGAAACUAAAUGUAAGCAACAGGAUAUUUGUUGCUGAGUCUGAUAGAAAAUUCAGACGAGGUCGGAAAUGGCCCUCCUCAAUUUAUAACGCUCGUGAAUUGCACGUUUUAUUUUUGUGUCUGAACAAAACAUAUUUUUAAGCAUGACAACAUAUUUUUUUACGUGUGUUCUAUGCACAAUAGUUAAAGUGUAAUUCCGUCAUUGACCACGGCACACAAUAUAUAUAUAUGCUCUAUACGCUAUCCUUUUAAAGGAGACUCACGAAAGUGAGCAACAGUGAUACACUAGUAAUGAUUAACUAUUCGUUUUAAGUUAAUAACCGAAUAAUAUUCAUGUUCAAAUGGCAAAUACGCACAAGAAUCAGAUUUAGCCAAAGACAUUCCAUGUGCCUCAACCUUGCAUUAAGUUUCUAUCAACUGGAAUAUGAAGGGAUUACGAUAAGUGAGCGGGUAUGUUUUGUUUGUUUGUAAUCUACUUUGCGUAUAAUUGGACGCCUUUGCAAAAGGUGACUGGUGAAACGUAGACUUCUGAUUAUACAGAUGUCAUGCCUGCACGUCCACUUGCCUGUACUACAACUUGGUGUGUUACACUGCACGCACGCGAAAGGCGAAUACAUAAAAAAAUAGUAUUAUAUGUAUACACAGCCUCACGAGUUAGACAUUUACCUUCUAUUAACUCUUCAUUUCAUCGUGACCUAUGGUAGCAGUCAAAAAGUUAUUGUUUCACCUUUAACUUGCUGUAAUAAAUCUGCACUCCUGAGUAGAUAUUCUUCAGAGCUCCAAUCCACGACCCUAUUACCCGUGACUCCGGUUAUCCGCCGAAGCUAUAAAGUCCGAGAAACCUCCUAAAUACCAGCAAUCCCAUUCUUCCUGUUAUCCGCAAUUUGUAAGAAAAAAUCGCCCCCACGUAUAACGGGAGAAAAAUCGUGGGUGAUAAUGUGGAUAAUCGGAUAUAUUGGUUCCAUACAUCACCAUGGAAUAGAUGAGCAUUGUAAUAUUGGGUUCGCAGGAAUCCAUUAAUCAUAAAUAAUGACACAUGUAGGAUGGACAACAAUAGGAACAUUUAAAGUGUUCUUGUUGUCGUUCAGAAAAAUGUAAGGAACCGGAAAGAGAGGAAGGCCUCACAGAGAAUGGCUUGACGAUGACGACAUGAGCGGUUGGUGCCAGAAGGACGUGGCCACUACUUGAACAUAUUGGCACAAGGCAGAGAAGAAAGUGUAAACAAAUGACGAGACGUGCAGUCGACACCUACGGGCUAUCUUCUCAUGGUUCAUGGUGAUAAAUAAUCACUCUCCAAGCUAAAACCCUGUUUGGUUUGCCCGAUCGGAUGAGAUCGGGCACUUGGAGACGAUUUGGUGACGGGAUAAGUCGGUGAGGUAAGCUGUGCCAGUCGCAUCACCUCGAGCAGUGUAGUAAGCGGCGGCGUCGUCAGCGGCGUGGCAUCCUCGUGGCUGAAUGGCAGUCGAGUGUUGCCGGCGGCAGCGUGAGCUUGGCCCCCGACAGAGCCAGCACGAGGUGAUGGUUGUUCAGGGCCGCGUCCGCCGGCUCACUCCAAUGAGCCGUGGGCUCGCGCUUAGCUCCGCCGGCAGCCUCGAGCUCGCGGUGGAAAUUCCACGUUCCCAUGGCUGGGGCCAUUUUCUCCAUGGGGGCGACUGUUGUUGACCCACCACAAAGUGACGCAAGGGUGGGGGGAGAGGGCGAGGAAGCUGUUGGUCAAAAUAAAAUCCCAGAGAGCAACUAAUGAGUCUCUGCAGCCAACGUCUUAGGCUUGAAAUCCUGCAGCCAAUUGUGAGUGCUUAAGCGAUGUCGUCCUCCCUCGUGAGCGGCCUCGCGUUACGCGCGCGACGGGCGACGCGAUAAGUUGCGUGGACUCGCAAGGUCCACUCGCGAAGCCCCGAGGCGCAUUGCCGGAGCGGCUCACACACAACCCGUUGAGAGUCGGUGCACAUGGGUUGGGGGUGAAGGGGUGUCUUGUAAGGGGUGUUGUGGGUCAUUUGCGGUGCAGAUAAAGCGCCACGUGAUUGAACUGCAAAAGCCAUGGCAAUAUUAAUCGAGCGUGCGGCUCCAUGAGCCCCCUCGUUUUCUCCGACGUUUUACUGCCUGCUCGCGAUGGACUCGGUGCCCAUGAGCAGUGAUGCCCAACCACCAAAACAUUCUCCGAAAAAAAGUUUCCCCCGUCAGUAUUUUGGAUUUGGUUCACAAUCGCAACAAUGUUUCGUUGUAUAUGUAGCGCCGUCAUUCGCGCACAUCGCAUCUGGCGAUCGCUGAGGAAGCAUCGACAAGCUGCAAGGCAGUCGUCAGAUAGUGAGCCAGUGCCAACAACAAUUGCCCAAGGUCUGCAGUCUUAUACUGGUAGGAACCUCCUGGUUACACCAGCCCACAGGGGAUUAUUGUGUCCGUCCGUCGUGCAUGGGGAGGGGCUGGGUGGGGAGGGGCUGGUCACCCCGUGGUGCCCUUAUAAAACUCAACGUUUAACCUACUCACGCCGGCUUGUGCCCGCCCUCACAGUCGGGCAUAUUUACGGAAUACACCACGCCGCCGUUGACCCUGGCCAUUGACCGAGCAACCCAACGUUCCUACCAGCUCGCUCCGCAGGAAUGUGUUAAGAUGUGCGUUCGGCCAAUGAAUGCGUGUGGGAAAGAAGCCGGAGCGCCUGAAAAAACCCCCCACUCCUCAGAGUGAAUUGAGAACACUAUUCCACGCAGAUGAUUUUCGUCUGCACUUUGCUGUACCUCCUGCCCCUGGAGAGCCAGGCUAUGGCACCUCGAUGCUCUCAGGAAGGGAUUUUCGCAAUAUUUGUGCGAUUCACCAAGCCUAUUGAAUUAUUGAAUUUACGUUUCAUAUUUUACCCGUACUUUUAGGGGGUAGUUUUUGUUUUACUUUAUUAAAACAGAAUUCCGGGGGAAACGCACGGUAUAAUAUUACUAUGUUAUUUGAAGCUCACAGAAAAAAAUCAAUUGUAAGUGUGCAUUUAUGGAUAAGAACGAUUCGUUUUGAUAGAGCUGAUGAGUCUCAGAGAGAGAGAGAGCGGGAGUGGUUUACUUUCAACAAGCGACUCACGUCGCAUUUCAAAACAUCCAAACGGGCAUCCCCAGUGGCAUCUGUCCCUGUGGUGACACAAAGUGGCUAAGCACCCCAGGCCUGCAGCGCGAGCAUUAGUCUGCUAGUAACUUAAAAGUAAUGAUAGCUAUCGAGUCUAGAGACAUUGCUUUCCGGCUAAAAUAAUAGAAACAGCCGGAUGUAAUUAAGAGCAAUUAUAAUAUUAUUAGAAUAUGAAAGUCAUAAAGACUAAACAAAAAAUCACUUUGAAAGAUAAGCAUUCAUGUUUUGUAGAAGAAUGUCUGGCGUAGUUGUUAGGGUUCGUCUAGUUUAUUGUGAAAUAAUUACAGAUAAUUGCACGUACAAGCAUAUUUACUAAUUUCUGCGAACUUUGAAACUGAAAAAAAGUAAAAUUGUACGCAUUUUGCAUUUUUUUCUCAUUUGUAUAUGCUUAAAACUUUAUUUAAAUGCUACCAGUAGAUUAGACAUUUCUUAAAUGGGAGUUGUUGCUAUUAAUUUUUAUUAUUAUUUAAAAUUGGUACUGUUGCUGAUCUAUUUUAAACCCGUUUUACAUGAUUAUUAUUAUUUUACUGAUUAAUCGUUCGGCUCUCAAUCAAACGCAAGACAUCGAAGCGUCACGCUGGAAAGUGUCACAAAUGGUACGAAACAUGAUGACUUAUUGUCUGCAUUGAACGCACCGUGGCUUAAUCUGAUCACAAGAUAACUUAUAUAAAAGGUCAAGGCGCAGCCCUGCAACUGCUCGCUCACGCUCCUGCUGGCGGAACGGCCUUCGUGAAAGGGAGCUCUAGACAGUCCCCUCUAAGAGAGGUCACGUGGCCCACACUUGCACGCUGGCCAGACGUCUUGGAGUUGGAAUUACCCACGCUUUACCCCGCCGCAAACGACUUGCCGAUCAUCAUACUAUGAUGCAUCCAAUGUAUACGGCUGGGUGGACUGGAUAGACGUGGGGGGGAGGAUUUAAGAAACUUGCCGUGCCAGGAUAUGGAACUUGUGCUGCCUGGAUUUCAAGUCCAGUGUACUGGCCAUUUUCCUCAUUAAUACAAUUUUGCGGGCAUUUAUCAAUGCAUGGCUUAGGCCUCUGGAUACAUUUCUGUCGGGGGGGGGGGGGGUUGUUUGACCAUACUUCACCACGCUGGUCAACUUCACGUUACUCAUGGCCAGGAGGAACCCAACUCAGGUCAUGAGGUUCAUAACACAGCGCACGAUUCUGCUGCACCACCACUCCACCCCCAGGUUUUGACUUUUAAUCCCCCUCUCACACACACACAGCCGGUUAAUGCCGCUGUAGACUUUGGCAGAGGGGUUCCGUCGAUACUGCUCCUUGAGCUUGGCUUGAGAACAAAACCUUGCCCAGUUGGGGGGGGGGGGGGGUCCGACUCGGGAGUACAAGAUGUGGUGUUGAUUCUAAAGGCAGCCACGCAUGAGGAGGAGACCUGGAUUAAACCCGGGGCCGGUCUGGAACGUGUGAAUGAAUGAAUAGCCCUCGUUGUGUAACGUCUUUAUUGUAUCGCCGGGUGUCUGUUCAACGUUCGUGAAUGAAUUCUUGGUUCCCCUGCAGGAUUUUGACUCUAAUUCGAAAUUUGAAGAAAUCCAUCCGCGCGCUUUAUUAUUAGAUUAUCUCGUGACAGGCGUCCCCGCUUGUAACGCUUCACAGAGGCCCGUCCUUGUGCAAAAGAUUUCCACAGGACGAAGAAGUUACCCAGUUAACGGGCAAGGUCCAUCAACCCCCCCACCGCAGCUGAACAAGACCGAAUAAUUGACAGCGCUUUGUCAAUCCGCUGCUGGCUGAAGGCCUGCCCCGUGCCGCUGUGGGUCGUGGAAGGUUGUUUGACCACACUUCAUCAGGCUGCUGAAUGUGUCAUCAUCGCUUGUGACUCGUCACUCGGCGUGGCUGGGAGUCAAACUCGGGCUCCCGGUGUCCGUGGCCGUGCGUCACUCGCAGUGGAUACAGCAUCUAAACGAAACGCAACGCAUUCGUCGAUAACAUUGUGGCGUUAAAAGGUGAAUACAUCUAUAUGUAUAACGGUGUUACAUUCUCAUAGGGCCAUUGACUUUCUCGAGCAUGUUGAUGCAAGUGGAUGCCGCCACGGUGGUAGUGUCAUGGUUAAGCGUGCCGCGCUACGAACCCGGCCACCCGAGUUCGACUCCCGCUCACGGCCAGCACCAGUGACGAACACCUGAAUUGGUCCUGGGCUUCCCCUAGGUCGACUCGGCCUCAAAUAAGUACCUGGUGCGGUGUGUAAACAUCACCACUGCGGGGAGACAAAGGCGGCCGGGCGUGGUGCUGCCCGCCGACCACCUCGUGCGCCACCGUGCCGGCCUUCAUAGGUGCUGCUCGCUGACAGCACUUGCCCCAACAGUCUGUUAAGGCUACACGGGGGAAUGGGGGGGGGUCUUUGUCUUUGGUGUUAUUGCCGUUCUAGCCGAAGGGUCAUUGCCAUCAUCGUCUAAGGCAGCGUUAUUUACGAAUGUGUUGGGUUUAUUUGUAUAACUUGUGCACCCCUGCCAACGGAGUAUCACCAAACAACUCAUCGCGUGUCUCACAUAUGGUUUAAAAAAUAAAGACACGACUUCUCAUGUUGGAUUAGCGCUUGUACGGGAUAAUCUCUGUCGCUUUGCGUAAGGCAAAGGGGGUGCUGCUGCUGUACAACAGAGGCUGUGGCUUGCGGCGGAUUGAAUGAUGCGGGGGUUUUCCCACUGCAGGAUACGCUUUGCAGCAGAUGUGCCCAAUUAUUUAUUAUCUCUCCCCUUCACUCUUCAACUGUGUGUAAAUAUAUGGGGCUCGUGGAAAAUAAAGUUCGC